GCGGGCGGUGCGGGUGCGGGUGCGGUGCGGCGGUGCCGGCGGCGGGGCGAUGAGAGCGGCGGUGCGGACGGGGUGGCGGAUCGGGGCCGCCGCCGCUUUGCGGGGCCGGACCGGGCGCCCGCUCAGCCAGGCGGCCGAGGAGGGCGGCGGGGCUGAGGGCGGCGGCGGCGGCUCGGGGUCGCGGGAGGCGGUGGAGCGGCUGGUGCGGGAGCACCCGGUGGUGGUGUUCAUGAAGGGCAGCCCGGCGCAGCCGCUCUGCGGCUUCAGCAACGCCGUGGUGCAGAUCCUGCGGCUGCACGGCGUGGAGGAUUACCGCGCCCACGACGUGCUGCAGGACCCCGACCUCCGCCAAGGAAUAAAAAACUACUCCAACUGGCCUACCAUCCCACAGGUGUACCUCAAUGGUGAAUUUGUUGGUGGCUGUGAUAUACUCCUCCAGAUGCAUCAGAAUGGAGAUCUUGUAGAAGAGCUGAAGAAACUAGGAAUCCGUUCAGCACUUCUGGAUGCAGAAAAAGACCAAGAGAAAAAGUAAAAUGAGAAAAAACAAUAAAAAAUGCUGUGACAGGAAUAAAGCAAAUCUUUGAUAAGAACUUGUUGCCCAUAAAGCCUUACAUACUUUAGGUCGAGGAAGGCAUGUGUUUGAACUGACACUAAGUGAAUGUUUCUUAGCUCAUGGUAAAUGUAGUGAUCUUGGUAUUUUGAUUUAUGUGUAUCGUGAAAAUUCGAGUAUAACCACUGCACUGUAAAGCAAAGGUUUGUGAAAAUUUGUGUUUUAAAAGAGUUCAUUUCUAAAAGCGCUUUUCUUCUUUGAGGUGGGAGUAAACCAAAAGAACUAAUGAUAUUUUUAUGGGUUUUACGUGUGUGAUUCUCUGUUCUUUGAUACAUGAACCUAUACAAACAGCAUUUGCAUUCCCUUGCUUCUAUUGAAAAAAGUAUUAAGUAAUAGUGCAUCUGUUCUUCUGUUCAACUCCUGGUGAUAAGACUUCCCGAGAGCCUGUAAAACCUGUGUAAUAACAUACAGUAUAGGAGAAAACCAGUUUUUCAAUGAUAUAGGAGAAAAAAAGAUUAUAAGAGAGUGCAUGAAAUAUACUUUUAUUCCAAAGGGUAAAAAUAAACAGAACUUGUACAAAUACAUGUAUAGUGGUCAUUAUUACUUUGUAAUUUUCUGAUGGCUUUUAAAACUGCUAGAAUUGUGCCUAAAUAUUUUAUAAAACCUUUUCUACCUCUUGCAAAACAGCUUUUUCCCCUGCUCAUAUACUUUGUGUAUGGCAGUUCUGUGUCUGCUAAAAUGUGGGAAUUGUGUACGGCUUCAGUAUUCUAGCUUGAAAUAGUACAGGAGAAAACUUUAGUUAUUACUGUAAUCUUGUAUUAUUUGCUUAUUAUCUUUUUGUAUUUGUUGUGUUUCCAAGUGUUUUCUCCUGACUGAUGUGCUCAGGAGAACAUAGUCUUCAAACGUGGGAUUUACAGAUUAAAUGUUUGUGUGGGUAAGAUGAGUGCAGCAGAGAGGUUACUGAAUAGAUAAAUAUUUCUUUGUGGAAAGUCUCUGAAGUGUUCAGUACCUACCUAACCACAUUUCUCUAAAUGAAAACAAAUUAUAAUAACCAGUGUAGCUUCAGCUCUAUAGCAAUACUGCUAAGGUUAAAAGCUAACCAAGCUAUUUUUAAAUGCAGUUUAAUUAAUAUAAACCAAGUCUGCAUGUGAAUUAGACAAAUGGUUGGAAAUAAACUGUGUUUUAUGUUGAUUGUC